UUUAGAAUUAUAAACGUAUUUAUCGAAUGCUGUCGUACCCUGUGUAUAGUCAGACGCAAGACGGUUAAGUGAAUUUUUUAAAAAGGGACUGUCGGUCAUGUUCAGAGUACAGGAUCAUAUAUUCUCCAUGUUCCAAUUGUACACCUGUGUGCUUGUGUUUGGGAUUUCUUCCCACGGCGUUUUCGACAUUUAGGUCGAAAAGACAUACAGUCUACGUUUACGUGAUCGGAAUAUGAUAUUAGAUCUCCAAAUCAUCGAAAGACUAUGUCUAGCUGCCGUCAGACUGUAAUUGAUUUGUGAAGAGAGCAACAAUUAGCAUCAGGGACGCAAUGGAUGAUCUGUCGUACAAGCUCCAGGUGUUUCACACUGUUAACGAAUAUAAGGCCCAUCGUUUAAACAGGACCGAACAGUGCAAACUUGAAUCUGCUCGGACCUUGAUCCAUAGGGAGAAGACUCUCUAUGAGAAAGACUUUCAGCUUCGAGUUCAGAAACUUAAAACUCGACAGCAAGAGAUGAAAAGGGACGUGGAUGUAGGCACUGAUGACGAGAGGAAGGAGUUGCCCGAUUCAGCGAGAUCGUCAUCGCUUCGAUUCAGGGGCUGUAAAUCUGCUCGCCUACCUAAGAGUGAGGAGUGUUCUCUAUGUGACCGGAUUACUGACAUAGUUCUUAAGUACGAGGCAGAGAAGCGUCCAAAGAACACAGCAACGUAUUCCACGUCUACGAAUCUGCGCCAAUCUGACAGCCAUGUCAGACAGUUUCUGGAGUCUAUAGAAACAACGGUGAUGCCUUUGAAGUGGGACGUUACCUCUGGGAGUUUUAUGGAUGCUGGAAGAAUAAAUUUAGACGGACGUUGCAAAGAUGGGAUGCUUAGUAUGAAGACUGAUAAGAACCCAGAUAUAAACCCAUCUCAGAAAAGACUGAUCAGAGAAUCCACCAAAAUGCUUCCACCAGACGACAUGGGUCACGUGUGUACGACCUUGACCUCGGCCAAAAGUCGACGAACGUUUCCCGCCAAGAUUGAAAUUCAAAGGAAGGUUGGCGAGUUUGUACAGUCACAAGAGGUGUACAAUAGGUCGAAUCCUAUCAAUGAAGACAUCGUUGUUCAGUGCGAGGCCUUUCGUCUCCAUAGCGGCAACAGGGUGGACCGAAAACCACCACAUUUCGUCAGUAGGCGGGAAGCCAUGAUUUCUGAAGUCUUGGAGAAACUAGGAAUGACAAGAGCCAACUAGCCAUCGCACGGUUGCUUCUUUUUCAAUGUUGAACUUCGAUCGUAAACGACAAGUGCAGCUUCACUUAUUGUUGUAGAUCCAUGUCCAAGCGAAAUGUGGAUGGUGUCCUCUUGGAUAUUCCUGCAAAACGCGAUAUGUAAAUCAGGUACAUCAGUUAAGGUCUGGUAUCAGACAUUUAACGUUUAGUGAAAGUUGAAUGCUUAACAUAUGCAAUAUGCACGCUUUUUGUACUUUAGGCCUGAAACCUAUAGUGACAGUCACAAACCGCAGCUGAUCAAACUGUUCAAAAUGAACAGAUACGAAACAAUCCUACGUCGUAGCUGUGCAAAACGUCACGCAGUAUUAUGGAAACAAGUCCAGGUCCGUUAAUUCAUGCGGCUAUCUGUUCGCGAGGCAGCGGAGAAAGCACAGAGAAACAGACAUCGAUAUUUAAGUUACAUUUUACUUUUCAUGAAAGUGGUAUGUAAUCGAAUGAAAUACUUAUUCUAUGACAAAUUCUUGUGAUGGAAUUUUGUUGCUCUUAUAAUUAUUCUUAGCAAUGACAAGGUGAUUACAUAGUGUUGUUUUUUUUCAACUGUUUAAGUCAGACUGUAAUAUAAUCGAUAUCUUUUUAAUCAUCCUUAACAUCUUCCUGCAUUUCUCCCCUACCAUCACAAUGGUUGGAUAAACGUCAUUUAUCUAAUUUUAUAACGGAUCUGAUAGUUUACCCCAGAAUCUCUCUGAAAUAAGAACCGCCUUACUCUCAGGAUCUACAAGUGAGGUUGGUUGAGCAGCAGAGUAGUUUAUUUGUUCGCUCGCAAUGUCGAAUCCCCAUGAUUGAAGCCAUAUUUUGGUGAUCCCGUCGUCAUAAUAUUUCAGGAAUAUUGCCAGAAGCGGCGGAAGACUAUACUCUUUUACGCCUUAACAACACAAUAAGUUGUGCGAGUCGUGUAUAACACACAAUGUAAUAGUACUUCAGUAAUAUGACGGCGUGGCAGCUUAAUGUGGGAGGACAUGCCAAAAUGAUUUUAGCGAUAACUACGAGGGAUGAUUAAAUAGCUUUAUCUGUGGUUAUGGGAUCAUUUCACUGACUUAGUCAAGAACCUCUUCACAGCGAAUUGCAGCACAUUGGAUCAAUGAACCACCGGUUUUCCCUUUAGUGAGUGAGUGUAUUUCAGUGAUAUCACAGCGUGUCAGCUUGAUGUGGCAGGAACGCCCGCAGUGAUGCAGGUGUCGGACAUUUACCACUUUGGUGAAGCCAAAGAGCACGGUACGAUGCUGACAAACCCAGACACAUAAUCUAGGCGAAGCCGCGAUCAAUAUUGUCUGGCAGAUCUAAAGGACGCAACUCCGCUAAGCGAAUUAAGGAGCCUCAGACGACGGGGCCACCUGCAGACGGUGAUUUUGCUACAUGGUAAUUGUAUGAUUGUGCAAUGUCGUUAAAUUUUGUCCCAGUUAUUGUAGUGUUCAGUCAGUAGUGGUGUUACGUUUUAUGAGAACCGCGACCAUGUACCUCAGGGACGAGUUCAUAUGUCCACCCACACGCACGCAGAGACGCAAGCAGUUAUACUCGCACUCUAAAAAUAUAAUGAAAAUUAUGAUAUCCUCAAAGAAACUUUCGGAAAUAAUUUUUUAAACACAAUUCAUUGUUCCUCCGCACAAAUAUUUUCAAAACAAAGCAAACCGGUAGUUGUGAAGAGGCCACACCAACACCAACUAGCCAUUCGAACCGAACCAUGCCCUUUCGCCUGACGAGGUAACACAUGAACCAUUAUCAUAUGAACAUCAUAUGACACUUUUCACAAUGACAUGGUGAGUGAGAACCUGAGUGAAUGUUGUUUUACGACAAAGUCAUUAUUUAGUUAUAUUACGACAUACUGAAAAUAACUGAAUCAGAAACAGGCUGACAGGUGGUUGAUGGUAUGAACACAACACCGUCAGACUACAGUGACCAAUAAUCAGACAUGUCACACAUUGUGACCAUUCGCUCCCCAUUAGUCUAGUCUUUCAAGCUGUUGACACUGUUUCUUCCUAGGAGUUCCCUCAGGUGUCAGAAUGACAUGGAUAUACCUACUUACUUCACAUUGGGGCACGGGUGGCACAGUCGUUUAAGGCGCCGCG